GAAACACAAAUAAUAGCCUUUACGUAGUUAGGUUUCCAGCAGGAGGGGAACGAACACCAUCAGUUUGUAAAUGGGACUCCGUAUUAGUGAAUGGUCAGAUGUGUCGACAUCGUGGGCGAGAUACCUGACAGUCGGUGAAGAUCCUAUACUGAAGAAACUACGUCCCGCACUGCGUCUACAGGGUAGACUCGUGACCAGUCUACGAGUCUAUCUACAGGGCCGGUGACCCAGAUCACGCAUUAUCCUCAGGCUUCUGAAAAGCACAUCCAGCAUGUACGUCAGACGCGUCACUACUACCUGUGCAAGGUGACAUAUUUUGUGAUGUUAUGUGGUGUUUGGCAGGGUGCCGAACACCCACGUAUAGUGGGUUCGAGCUCAACUUAAGUAUCCACCUCCGAAAAAAUUGGCCACUACACACCAUGUCGACAGCUCUCAUUCUAGGCGCAACAGGCGCAGUAGGAAAAAAUCUCCUCCGUGAGCUUCUCGCAAGCGAUCAAUGGUCCAAGGUUGGCGAAUAUGGGAGACGAGUAACCCCCGAAGCCGACCUUCCCCAGAAUAGGGGUAAAUUGGAGCAGAAAACACUCGACUUUGAGAACUUGCAAGAAGCAGGGCUGAAGGACGGACGAUGGGAUGUGGUGUUCGUUACCCUUGGGACGACUCGCGCGAAUGCAGGGAGCGCAGACAUGUUUGAGAAAAUUGACAGAGAGUACGUGGUGAACGCCUGCAAGGCUGCAAAGACUGAUGAUCCGGAACACAAACAACGUGUUGUGUAUCUGUCAUCUGGUGGUGCUAACCCGUCCUCUUCGUUCCUAUAUAUGAGAUCAAAAGGUCUCACAGAACUGGGCAUAGCACGCCUUGGGUAUGCGGACACCAUCGUUUUCCGCCCCGGUUUUCUCAAAGGAGCUCAACGUGCUCAUAUAAGGCUCGCAGAGACCAUAGCUGGCUACGUGACUGGCAUUGCAUCGCAUUUUACGUCCAACGCGGAGAUUCACGUCUCCGUUCUCGCCAAAGCCAUUGUGAAAGCAGGCGCUCUAGGUUCAACCAACCUACCGCCCGCUGCGGGUGCCACUAAAGCAGGACAGGAAGAUGCAUGGUUUACUUUAAUAGAAAACAAAGGCGCACUUGCUCUUGGGCAGGAGUGAUUCUUCAUUGCGGCGAUUCAGAUCCUUUUGGUUUCAGUACUAGU